AUGAGCUUUCUUGUUUUGCCAAGGGUUACGGUCAAUCUACCUACAGUAACAGUGCAAAUAUCGGGAUGGGAGAUCCCAGAUGGAAUCGAUCUAGCGGAUCCCACUUUCUUCCAAUCAAAAGGUAUGGAUUUAGUGCUAGGCAUUCAGGCAUUCUUUAGCUUCUUCAAGAAAGGCAAUGAAUUAUCGCUGGGCGAUGGUUUACCACUACUUACCGAGUCGGUUUUCGGUUGGGUGGUUGCCGGAGAAGUAGAUUCUACUAGAAAGACCACACGCAUAGUAUGUAACAUGGCGGCGUCUGACACUUUGGAGAAGUUAAUGGAGCGGUUUUGGUCCUGCGAGGAAGUGGGAAGCGGCAAAAUUUACUCUCCAGAGGAGGCGCGCUGUGAGGAGCAGUUUGGGCGCACUAUUCACCGAGAGUCAAACGGUCGGUACACAGUAACACUUCCCAAGAACGAGGCGGUCUUGGAACGGUUAGGGUCAUCAAAGGAUAUCGCCAUGAAACGCUUUCAAGGACUGGAAAGAAGGCUUUCCAGGGACGAUGAACUUCGCAGACAAUACGAGGAUUUCAUGACAGAAUAA